CUCAGACACCAUCACAACCCGCACACCGCAAGAAGCGUCGCUGUCCAGCAUGUCCCGCCGCUCAGAACGCACUCCAGCGCCGUCCUCCGUCCUGGAGCAGCCCUCAUAUGUCUCCAUCGGCACGCCACAGCCUCAGGAUCUCUCGCAAGUCCGCGCAAAAGAUCGCAAUUCAUACCAGCCUCUGUGGAAGCAGGAGGUACGAGACGAACAGGGCCGCAAGAGAUUUCAUGGAGCCUUCACUGGCGGAUUCUCUGCCGGCCACUUCAAUACCGUUGGAUCCAAGGAAGGAUGGCAGCCCAAACAGUUCGUGACCUCGCGAAGCAGCCGCACGAAUGUCGGCCGUCAGUCGAAGGAGGACUUUAUGGACGAGGAAGAUCUGGAGGAGUUCACUGGCGGCAGAGGCAACCUGGCCCUGUCAGAACAGUACGGAUCAGCAGAACGCGAGGCCCUCAAACGAAAGGCCAUAACAGCCGGGAUUGUGUCCGAGAGCGAGGGCGGCACUCUAGCUCUGUCGUCGAGCGUGGUCGAGGAUCUCAUCGGGCCAACGGCAGACCCGAUCGGCAUCAAGUUACUGCGACAAAUGGGCUGGCGCGAAGGCCAGGGUAUCGGAGCACGGGUUUCGUUCAAGCGCAAGGCCCAUGGAAGCCGAGACACAUAUGAGGACGACAUCCAUGCGACGGGGCAUUCGUUCGCGCCAACCGACACAGCAUUGCUUGUCGUGAAGCAGAAAACGGAUGUGUUUGGAAUCGGGUUUGAUCCUCUCAAAAAUGCUCCCGAGUUCAGUCGUUCACAUGGCUCAGGACGCCCAGGCGCAUCAGGGCCUCAAGACGACGGGAAGCGAUUCAUGGGAAUCAAAGGAAGUAUGGGAGUCGGUGUCCUUGACGACGAUGGCGAUGAUGAAGACGUCUAUGGAGUGCGAUCCAAAAGCGAAUACCAUGCCGACUUGGGGGACCAUGACCUUGUGGCAAGGUUUCACGACCAAGAGACGACUGAGGUGCCUCAGCCACGGACCAGGAUAACGCAGCAUGUAUCUGCCAAGAUUGGAGGUGCGUUUGGACGCACGCAUUGCCGAGACGGCCGCGUUCCACCCGACGGCUUCGUCCUUGGAGCCGAUGGUGACCUGGACGAGGAGUGGUUCUCACCGCCGUCGGUGCCAGACGACUUCAACGAACAGCAUAUCUUUGCUGCAGACAAAGACUCGGACCGACCGCGGGUUCCUGACGACGAUCGCAGGCCCAAGCAGCUCUCAGCCGAUGAUCGGCGGGACAUUCUCGGUGAAGAAGCCCUCAAGGGUCCAUCGCGGUCCGUAUUCUCGUACAUGUCCAUCCAGCAGCAGGACAAGCUGACAGACUUCCUCAGCCAAGUCUCCCGGACAAAGGAUGGGUCGGUCGAGGAGGUUUCUGGAGCCCCCAAGGUCGAAAAGGAUGUGGCGCUGAUGGCGCUGAAGGGGUUCAUUCCCUUUGCAAACGAGCCGGAAAAGCAGGCACGGUACAAGCGCUUCCUGGAAUUCAAGGCUGGACUGCAGACAGAGAUCAUACCCUGUCCCGCGAGCUUUACCCGAAACGAAGCUGAGCACGAGAUUCGAGAGUUCAGCAAGGCGGCGUUGAUUUACAAGCCCAUGUCGUCAAUGAUGUCCUCGAGGUUUGUCUCGAGCAGCGACGGAGGACUGGGUUCUGGUGCAAGCGACUCGAAGCCAACGAAAACUCGCAACUACGGUGCCGAAACCCGCAGCAAAGCCACCUGGUAUCCAAAGCGGCUGCUGUGCAAACGGUUCAAUGUUGCAGCGCCCCACCCGGAUCGGGCUGAUCAGGACGAAUCGGGCAGACCCGACGAGGACAAGAGCAUCCUCAACAAAAAGACAAUGGAGAAGCUGCUCCAGGCCGCGGACAAGAGCCGAUCCGAAGCCCGCAUCAGCAAGCUCGAGUCGCACACAGACACCGCCCGUCCAUCGCUCUCGAGUCCGCCAGCAGAGGCUGUCACUCCGGAACAGGGUGUCAUGAACGACCUGAAUGUGGAGCGGCCGCCGAUGGACAUUUUCAAGGCCAUAUUUGACGAUAGCGACAGCGAUAACUCGGACGACGAAACAGGACCGACUACCCGUUCAGCAGAACUGCAAUUGCCUGCUCCUCGACCGUCUGUACAAUCCACCACGGCCGACAAAGCAAGAGAGGAGGAGACCGUGCCUCUCCCCCCUCCGACAUUCCGCCCUCUGUUUACAAAGAAAAAAACGGAUAGUGGAGGCGAGCCUGCCCUGGGCAAAUCCGCCGAUGCCAAGAAGAGGCUGUCGAGCACGGCCAAGGGAUCGCUCAGGAUCGCCUCGAUUGCCGAGUGGGAUGAGGAGCCCGUUGUCGACAAGAAGAAGCUCAAGCUCCAUUUCUCCGGCUCUGGGCACGCCUCAGGAUCGUCGGCAAGUGCCCCCGCACCCGAUACCACCCCAGAGCCACCGACGGUUCAGUCGAUCCCAACCAUGCCACAAACCACUGCAGCAGCCCACCAGGCAGUCGAGACGAUCCAGGAAACGUCCGGAAAGCCCCAGGUUGUACCCCACGCUGCCUCCCGACGGGCGCCCGGCGAUGUGCCCGACAAGCCACAUAGUCUGUCCGGAGAACAGGCCGCGACUCAGACACAGCCCGACGAAGCCUCCGCUGGCAGCAGAGCUCGACACGGCAAGGUCGCGUCUGAUGGCGCAAGCGACGACUCGGGGUCGAGCGAAUCCGAGAGCGGUGGCCGGAAUGACGGCGAUGCAAAGAAACGGAAGCGAUCAUCGUCCAAGAAAGAGAAGAGCAAGAAGAAGAAGGAUAAGAAGGAUAAGAAGAAGGACGAGAAGAGGUCACCCAGUAAAAGCCGACACCGUGACCGCGACCGGGAGCGCGACAGCAGCUCAAAGAAAAGCAAGCACCGAUCGCAGCGAUAUGGCCGACACGCCGACAGCAACGACGAGAGCGAGGAGGAAGAUUAUCGCCGGUUUGCCGAGUCGCUGGGACGCACAGUCGCCCCAGAGAGCUCGCAGAGCAGCAAGCGGGAGCGCGAGGCGGACCGACCGCAAUCCGAAGCGGCCCCGACGCCAAAGUAUGCGCGGGUGAACCGGCCCUCGGCUGCCGACUUCAUGUGAGGCAACGGCGGGUGGGCGGGCGGAGGACGAGCGGAGAAUCGCGACGGCGACGGUCACGUGUGUUGACUUGACGCGCAACAAGGACAAAUUUGACACGCGA